CGAGACUCUGCAGGACGAGAUGACGGCAGCGCGGGAUCGAGGCGUUGAUCGCACGAGUGUUAGCGUUACCGUUGAAGUGAAAGGGCACCGAGAGUGUUCGCAAAUUUUUAAAAAAAUAGUUGAAAACAGAUUUCCUUAGAAACUCUUCAGGAAAAAAAAAAUCACAAGGUCGUUUGGCUGUGUGCUCGCUCGCCCGCCCGCAUAGACACUAACAACAGCAACAGCGAAAUCGAUCAACGAUUUCAUUUUCAUUUUUAAAAGCCGUCCUUCGCAAAGAAAUUCAGGAUUGCGUCCAGGGACCCAUUCUACCCCUUCUCCCUCCUCCCUUGUAUCCCCCCCUGCCUCCAUCCACCCACGAAGGGAGAGACGCAGCCACCCCCCAUGGAAGAGUGCAAAGGCAGGGGUCAAGUGGGACCCGGGGUGGCUGUCCUGGACGACCACAAGGGCUUCCUGCAACUGACGAAGGAAGCCCUGGAGAGUCUCAUUCGGAAGGACCCCAUCACCGACCACUACGAAGUGGAACAGACGCCGUUUGCGAGGGGUAAAUUUGCCGCCGUCAGACGAGCCCGAUGCCUCCGUUCGGGAACAUGGUACGCUGCGAAGGUGAUGCGCAAGCGCAGGCGAGCGCAGGAUGUUCGACACGAAAUCCUACACGAGGCUGCGGUGCUCGUCCUGGCAAAAUCGUCCCCGAGGAUCGUGACGCUACACCAACUCUAUGAGACAGCUUCGGAAGUCAUACUCGUUCUGGAACUGGCUGGUGGAGGUGAACUGCAGAGAGUGAUUGAUGAAGAAGAAAGCCUACAAGAGGAUGUCGUUCGCCAGUACAUGAGGAAUAUACUAACAGGUUUACACUACUUGCAUACUCACAACAUUGCGCAUCUUGAUUUGAAGCCACAAAAUUUAUUGCUAAUGGGAAAACAUCCAAAGAGCGACGUCAAACUCUGUGACUUUGGCAUCUCAAGAAUAAUCCUGUCAAAUAUCGAAGUCCGGGAGGUUCUUGGCACUCCAGAUUAUGUUGCACCUGAAAUUCUCCAGUAUGAACCCAUCAGUUUAGCGACAGAUAUGUGGUCAGUUGGAGUGCUAGUGUAUGUCCUCUUGACAGGCCAUUCACCAUUUGGUGGUGAUACAAAACAAGAGACCUUCCUAAACAUAUCACAAGGACAAGUUGAUUUCCCCGAGGACCUCUUCAGUAAUGUUUCAACACAGGCUACAGACUUCAUAUCACAUCUGCUUAUUGUAGAUCCCAGUUCUCGGAUGACAGUAGAAGAAGCUUUGCAGCAUCAGUGGCUGAGUGGAGUGACGUCUCCUCUCUCAUCUCCAUUAAUAUCAUCUUCAUCUCCUUCUUGCACAUCGGAAAAGAAUGCAAAAAGAGCAGAUACUCCUCAUAAAGAUGUGAGUGAUGGAAAAACUGGAAAGUCAUCCCCAAGGAUUAACGGAGCACCAAAUAACAUUCCUCUGGCUAAUGGAAGUGAAUCAAACUCUCAUGCAAGUAAGAGGCUCGUCAGCUCUAGCAGAAGCAUUUCACCAUUACUUUCAUCAUCCAUGGCUACUACAGUGAAGCUUGCAAGGGAGCUGGAAGUGCACACGUAUCACGGAAGUAGAGAAGUUGACAGCUCGAAUAAGAAUACUAAAACAAUUAACAAGGAAAACAAUAAGAAUUCCCUGAAUAAAAGUAGUGAAUCUAUUUUACUUGGACAUAGCAAGGACCUUUCUGUUGGAAAUUCAAAACCCAGGUCAGUCCCAAAAAGUACUGUCAAACAUACCAGGGAACCUGAAAUGUCAAGAAAAUCAGUGCUGGCAAAGGAAAUUGGAAAGGAAAACAAAGAGAGCCCUAAAGAAAAGCUGAAGCCUUCUCCUUUGUCAAUGAGACGCCAAAGCACAAAGUGUGAUCCGUCUUCAGCAGAGCAACCUAAGUUUAGUUCAUUGCAAGCUCCUGUCAGUAUUAUAUUAGAAAAAGGGAUCAUAUGCUAAUCACAUUAUUCACUGAUGUAUACUCACGUAUAGAUAAUCUCAUACACACUGUAUUUUAUUGUAAAUAGUGUACAUAUCUGUAAACUGUAUAUUUAAAAUUCAGUCACCAUGGCAAUAAUUUUUUCUCAUCUACAUUGCUGAGAAUAUUUUUUCAGAAUUUUUUAUCAGUGAGUUUUUCAUUUCAGUUUUCCUUUUUGUAACUUUUUGCUGACAGGACUACGUAUUCAUUUUCUCAUACUUUAGUGCUACAACUUCUGUACUGUUCAUUAACAUGCAGUAUUACCAAGAAGCCAUAUUUUCUUUGCACAAGUCAGAACCAUAUUACUCAGGUAAACUAUACAAGUUUUAGGGAACCAUAACAGUAAUUAGAACGAUUAAGAGUAACUAUCCAGAGGUUCACAUUACUCACUACUGACAAAUUGGUGUUUAUGCCACUCUUGCAUCUUGAAAUUUCAUGCACAGUGCAUUCCUGAUUCAUCCAAUAAUCAUUGUCCUGUAUGUGAAUGAAGAAUUUUUGGUACUCUAAUGAUUGAGUGAAGAAGUUUGGUAGACUAACAAUUGUUUAUGUACUUGUUGAGUCAACAAUACUUUCCUUACCUAUAUAAUUACAGCCAAAAAUAUAUUCAUUAAUAAUGCUUUACCUUGAGGAAUUAUUUGAAUGAAUGGUAGUGAGAAUGCCAUUUUCAUUUACAGCAUUUAUGGUGUAUCAUUAUUUAUUUUAUAACUUUUGAUAGUGUAGAACAGUCUGAAACUGCAAUUUUAUUUGCUUAAAUCUGCACAAAGUUAGGUUACUUACUAAUAAAUCAGUAAUGACACUGUCCUUUAUGUCUGAAACAUGGAAGUUGUCAAUGUGAACAUGGUGAUCUUUCAUUGAGAGGAUGAAUGGAACUCCUGAAAUAUUGGGUGAUGGUCUCACAAUCUUCACUGUUGACAUUUAUGGAAAGGUACUGAGAGAAUGCUAGGGUCUAACUGCAUUUACAUUAGUUAGCGAGUGAAGACUUAGCAUGCAUUUACAGGAGGGAAUAUUGAAUGCAAGGGAAAGAGAAACAUAUUUUUGUACAUGAACUUCCCUGACAGAUAUAUACUUAGCUAUAGUCUCCGACGUUCCCGACAGA